AUGCGCAGCAGCGAUGAGGAGGCGGUCGUGUGGGUGGCUUGGCGUUCUAUCGACGAAAAGGCCCCCGCUCCCAGACUGCAACGCGAGCGUCCGACUCUCCCUAUUCCCCCGUCCUCCGCACCCGCAUCCGCACAGCGCUGGUCUCCCUAUUCCUUCACCCCAGACACCGCGCGCUCCUACCACUACUACCCCGCCUCCUCCGCCUCCGCCCCCGCCUCCUCCCUCCGCUCUCCUGCUGGCCCAGGGCGCCAAUCAACCCCCUCCUCCCGACGCGCCGACAGCCCAUACACGACUCUCCGGGCAUGGCUCCCCCUUAUCAUGACGGAGCUUUUUGAGUUCCUGGACGACCUGUCGCUCUACCUGCGCGCAGACGAGCAGUACGGCCAUGCCGUCCUCUUUGUCCUCAUCUUUCCUCACCACCAUCCCCCCCUUCCCGCUCUACUCCACCCUCAUCGUUCUAUCAGGGUACACUUUCGGCGCAUGGACAGGCGCCAUCAUCUCCUACUUCGCUGCCCUGCUAGGCGCCAUCCUCGUCUUCCUCGUCUCCCGGCACCUCCUGCGCGCGCCCAUCGAGCGAUGGCUGCACCACUGCCCCACCAUCAAGCGCGUCGUCCGCGCCAUCGACAAGCGCCCCAAGCUCCUUUUCCUCAUCCGCCUCGCCCCCUACCCCUACAACGUCAUGAACUGCCUCCUCGCCGCGUCUCCCACCCUCUCCCUCCACACCUACACCGUCUGCACCGCGCUCUCCCUCUUCAAGGUCAUCAUCCACACCAGCAUCGGCGCGUCGAUACACUCCUUCUCCGCCUCGCACCUGCUUUCAGACGAAGAAGAGGACGACUCGGCGUACUAUCUGAACCGGAUAUACACGGUUACGGGGAUCCUGCUGUGCGUCCUGAUCCUGGUAUACCUCUCCAUCGUCGCGCGGCGCGCGGUCGACGACGAGCUGGACGACGCACCUGUCACAUCGAGGGACAGUGA